AGCCAUGCUGCCCGGAGUGGGCGUGUUCGGCACCAGCCUCACUGCCCGGGUCAUCAUCCCGCUCCUGAAGGACGAAGGCUUUGCGGUGAAGGCACUGUGGGGCCGGACGCAGGAAGAAGCCGAGGAGCUGGCCAAGGAGAUGAGCGUUCCUUUCUACACCAGUCGCAUCGACGAAGUGCUGCUUCACCAGGAUGUGGACUUGGUCUGCAUCAACCUGCCUCCUCCCCUCACUAGGCAAAUCGCGGUCAAAACCCUGGGUAUUGGGAAGAAUGUCAUCUGUGACCGAACAGCUACCCCCCUCGAUGCUUUCCGAAUGAUGUCGGCUGCCCACUACUACCCCAAACUCAUGAGUAUCAUGGGCAACGUCCUGCGCUUCCUGCCUGCCUUUGUGCGCAUGAAGCAGCUCAUCCAAGAAGGCUACGUGGGGGAGCUGCUGGUAUGUGAGGUUCAGGUGCACAGCGGGAGCCUCCUGGGCAAGAAGUACAACUGGAGCUGCGAUGACCUGAUGGGAGGCGGGGGCUUGCACUCCGUGGGCACUUACAUCAUCGACCUGCUGACCUUCCUCACCAGCCAGAAGGCGGUGAAAGUUCAUGGGCUGCUCAAAACCUUCGUGAAGCAGACGGACCACAUCAAGGGCAUCCGCCAGAUCACCAGCGAUGACUUCUGCACCUUCCAGAUGGUGCUGGAGGGUGGCGUGUGCUGUACUGUAACCCUCAAUUUUAACGUGCCAGGGGAAUUCAAGCAGGACAUAAUUGUGGUGGGCUCCGCUGGGCGGCUGAUGGCGGCUGGCACAGAUCUCUAUGGCCAGCGGAACAGUGCCCCGCAGCAGGAGCUCCUGCUGCAGGACGCUACUCCCGUCAGCAACUCCCUGCUGCCGGAGAAAGCCUUUAGUGACAUCCCCUCGCCGUACUUACGGGGGACCAUCAAGAUGAUGCAGGCGGUCCGGCAGGCCUUCCAGGACCAGGAGGACCGGCGGACCUGGGAUGGGCGGCCCCUCACCAUGGCUGCCACUUUUGAUGACUGCCUCUAUGCCCUCUGUGUGGUAGACACCAUCAAGCGGUCCAGCCAGACGGGGGAGUGGCAGAACAUCUCCAUCAUGACUGAGGAGCCAGAGCUGAGCCCCGCCUACCUGAUUAGUGAAGCCAUGCGCAGGAGCAGGAUGUCUCUGUAUUGCUAGCAUGGGUUAGAGACAGCAAUGGCCGCAGGAAAUUUGGGGACGGCGGAGGGAUGGCAUUGGGGAGGUGGAAGAAGAGUUCAGCCGAAUGCUUUUGGGGGUGGAGAAAAUGAAGCUUCUUCUUUGCUGCAAAAAAAAACCCUUAAGGCUUUGUGGGGAAUGUAUCCCAAACAGGAUUCUUUAUGGGCAUGAAAUAACCACAUGAGGAUUCAGAAUCCUCUGGGCUGCACUUGUCUUAUCAGCAGCCAGUAGUGCUAGCUGGCCGAAUUCAAGGUGGAAAUUCCUAUGUGGUUUAUCUGCCUUUUUUGCAUUUACUGUGAAAGGUAGAGGGCUUUUUUUUUUUUUUUUUAAACUUUCCUUGCCUCUUCUCUUUGCAUCACUUCUCAACAUGUGGCUCUGUACCCUCCCCACCCUCCAUAUUUAUCCUACCUUUCCUCCCCAGCCACAUGGUGCUAUUAGAUCAGGCUGCAUUCAAUGGCUAGCUCUGUUUGCUGCUGGCAUGAAUGACCUUCCCAAUACCCACUUCUGGCACCAUGUGGUUCUGCAAUCUCACAUCUUCAUAUAUACCCAUUUUCUCCAGAGGAAA